AAAAUCAAUAAGACAGUUCCUGUAUUACUCCCCCUCUCGCGUCGGCUCGCCUGUGUUUUAUCCACCCAACCGCAUAAAGAACACCACCAGGACCCGCCAUGGCAGUUCCAGGAUCAGUUGCUCUAUUGGGUAUCUUCUGUUCUCUCUAAUUCGACUCUGGACUCUUCUAAAUGUAGAGCCCUCUUGCCCCAUUUGUCCCCUCUUGAGUUUGAUCAGCUGUUCUUCUCCGUUGGAUUGAGAGCCAACCCCAAAACUUGUCUUAAUUUCUUUUACUUUGCGUCCGGUUCCUUCAAGUUUCGGUUUACCAUUCGUUCUUAUUGUAUAUUGAUUCUUUUGCUUGUUCAUUCCAAGUUUUUACCCCCCGCGAGGUUGCUUCUGAUUCGUUUGAUAGAUGGGAAGCUCCCGGUGUCGAAUUCGAAUUUGAAUUCGGAUACUCUUCAUAUUGAGAUAGCUAAUGCAAUGUCAGGUUUAACUUCAGUAGUUGGGCGGUUUGAGUGGACACAAGCGUUUGAUUUGUUGAUACAUGUAUACAGCACACAAUUCAGGAAUCUUGGCUUUGGUUGUGCGGUUGAUGUGUUUUAUUUAUUUGCCCGUAAGGGAAUUUUUCCAUCGUUAAAGACUUGCAAUUUUUUAUUGAGCUCUUUGGUGAAGGGUAAUGAACUUGAGAAGUGUUGUGAAGUAUUCGAAGUGAUGUCUCAAGGUGUUUGUCCGGAUGUUUUCUUGUUUACCAAUGCAAUAAAUGCCUUGUGCAAGGGAGGGAAGAUGGAAAAUGCCAUUGAAUUAUUCAUGAAAAUGGAGAAGUUGGAUAUUUCUCCGAAUGUUGUUACUUAUAAUAGUAUUAUUCACGGCUUAUGCCAGAACGGGAGAUUGGACGAUGCGUUUGAGUUCAAGGAGAAGAUGACAAUAGAAGGGGUAAAGCCAAGUCUUAUAACUUACAGUGUGCUUAUUAAUGGUUUGACAAAGCUGGAAAAAUUUGACAAGGCAAUGCAUGUUUUAAACAAAAUGAUUGAUGCAGGUUUUGUUCCGAAUGCAGUUGUGUACAAUACUUUAAUUGAUGGAUACUGCAAAAUGGGCAAUAUAAAUGAAGCACUUAGGAUUAGAGAUGUGAUGAUAUCCAAAAAUAUAACUCCUACUUCAGUUACUUUAUAUACUCUCAUGCAAGGGUUUUGCAAGAGUGAUCAAAUCAAGCAAGCGGAGAAUGCUCUGGACGAGAUAUUAUCACAAGGGCUAUCUAUAAACCCUGUUACUUGUUUUUCGGUUAUUCAUUGGUUAUGUACUAAGUCUAGGUUCCAUUCUGCAUUGCAAUUUACCAUGAAGAUGCUAUCGAGGAACUUCAGGCCUAGUGAUCAGUUGUUGACCAUAUUAGUAUGUGGGCUCUGUAAGGAUGGAAAACAUUCUGAAGCAACUGAACUUUGGUUUAGGCUAUUGGAGAAAGGGUCUCCAGCGAGUACGGCAACCUCUAAUGCUCUAAUGCAUGGACUUUGUGGAGAAGGUAACAUGCAAGGGGCUGUCCGGAUACUCAAGGAGAUGUUGGAUAGGGGUUUUCCAUUGGAUCAGAUCACGUACAACACGCUUAUCUUAGGUUGUUGCAAGGAGGGAAAAGUUGAGGAAUGCUUUAGAUUUAAAGAUGAGAUGACUAAGCAAGGAAUUGAACCAGACAUCUAUACUUGUAAUUUCCUAUUGCAUGGACUGUGCAAUGCAGGAAAAUUGGAUGAUGCUAUUAAGCUUUGGGAUGAAUUCAAAGCUAGUGGAUUGGUUUCUAAUGUUCACACUUAUGGGGUAUUGAUGGAUGGACACUGUAAAGCUAACAGAAUGGAAGAUGUUAAAAAAUUAUUCAAUGAGUUGGUCACUAAGAAAAUGGAGCCGAAUACCAUUGUUUAUAAUAUAUUAAUCAGAGCAUACUGUCAUAAUGGAAACAUCGUUGCAGCUUUUCAACUUCGUGAUGAAAUGAAAGGUAAGGGAAUUUUCCCAACUUGUGCCACAUAUUCUUCUCUAAUACACGGGAUGUGCAACAUUGGCCGUGUUGAAGAUGCAAAACAUCUUAUGGAUGAAAUGAGAGGGGAGGGAUUGUUGCCGAACGUUGUUUGUUAUACUGCAUUAAUUGGUGGUUAUUGCAAGCUGGGACAAAUGGAUAUAGCUGAAGCUACCUUGCUCGAGAUGACCUCUUUUAAAAUUAAGCCAAAUAAAUUUACCUACACCGUCAUGAUUGAUGGGUACUGUAAAUUAGGGAAUAUGGAAGAAGCAAAUAAACUUUUGAGCAAGAUGAAAGAAAGUGGAAUCAUCCCAGAUGUUGUUACUUACAAUGCCUUGACUAAUGGAUUUUGCAAGGGGAAGGACAUGGAUAAAGCUUUUAAAAUAUGUGAUCAAAUGUCCACUGGAGGAUUAUCUUUAGAUGAAAUUACUUACACUACUCUCGUGCAUGGUUGGGACCGACCUACAGUUACCAGCCAAGACUGAUCUAAUUUCUGCAAAGUGACCAGAUCCCAUCCAUGAGUAUUGUUCUCUUUGUACAUUCUGAAAUCUUGGAGACUGUUACACCCUCUCUCCUCCGAAUGGAGGAGCCAAAAACGAAAGAACCAUCUUUAGUCUCUGGAGAUCAGGAAGUGCUCAGCUACUAUGAUAUAGCAUGUCGAAAACAUAAGGCGCUCUAUUUGGAUCCUCAUGGACAGAAAAAGGUCUCAAUCAAUUGAUAAUGAUCAGGUGGCAUUAUUUUCUCGACCCAAACCUAGAUCGGAUCUGGGUUGAAUCUGUACGUAGCUGUUCUCACAAAUAAUGUCAUAUUUGACGGUUGUUCAUAAGAACUACUUCUAUGGAACGUUGGGGUCGAGACAUAAAUUGCUCAGUUGCAUGGACAUUGGUAUUCCAACCUACCCAGUUGGUGAAUCAGUUACGGCCCCAUGGAAGUUGAAUAAGCCCUUCAUUCUCUUGUUGAUCAAUCAUCUGAUUAGACCAAUACCUUCUUGUUUGUAUACCAACUCAUCAGAAAGCUUCCCCACCACCAUCAGGAAUGCUUUCGAGGACCUUCUCGUGGCCUUUAGGGUAAUAAAUUCCAGUUCGAACAUCAAGCAUCCAUGGAGUUGCCUCACCCGUCACAUGGCUCUUAUUGCUCUUCACUUCCUUGCUUUCUGUUUCCACUCUCUCCCUCAUCAUAUCUGGUGAAGAGCUUUUCCUGUGGAAACCCUUUCGCCCGAUCGGUCUGCCAACGAACACAACUAAACUAGUUGGACAAGAUGAAGAAAGACAAACUGAUAAGCAGAAGAAGCAAGUUUCAUUUCUGAGUUGAAGAAAGCUCUUACUUGAAGAACAUGGAGUUCAUUGUCUGGGCCCCUCUCACAAAUGCAGUGGCCAUAUCCUUCUCCCAAUGAGGUCAGUAAAAACUGUGAUGAACAAUGGGAAUUUGCUUCUUUGAAUUUAUAGGUGAAAAGAGAGGCUAUCCAUUUCUCUCAUCCCAAUGAAGAUUCUAAACAAUGGGGGGGGGGGGGUUGGCUUUGUCCUUUUCACUUCUUAUGCUAUGCCCAUUGCCCAUUGCCCACUCCCCUUUGGAGUUGGUUUGUGAAAAAAGAACCUUUAAAGCUCCUCUGCCCAUACUCCAUGAGCACAAGUUUGGACUUGGGCCUAAUGGGCUUUGUGACUUUGUGUUGCCUGGCCCAUUGACGAAACAAACCAUUGAUUCUCAAGUAGACCAAGGAUGGUUAUAGAAAUAAUAUUAUUAAAGUGUAAAGUUAUAGAAACAAUGAUUUAAAAAAUGGCUGAAUUGAUAUUGGAUCUGACAUCUCAAAUGUACUAGUAAUUCAGCCAUUGUUGUAACUUUAUUGUAGAUUACUCUUCCCAUUGAUGAAUGUUGGAAUUGGCUGA